CUUCUCUCCAAAUCGAGCGACUCCUUAUUUUUUGUGAAAAGAAACUGUUCAUGGUUACAGUUGACUCAGAUUCACCUGUCAUUAAGGGGCUACAUUUCAGCGUGAGCAGCGUUUUGCGAGGAUAAAAAACACAAGACAAGCCCGCCGUCACCACAAUAAUCGCAGAAGCCAGACCGCGAAAGCAGCACUAGAGGAAGCUUUUGGCAUAAUUCGAUCAAACCCUCUGUUCUUGUCUUGUCCGAUAACCGAAUGGCGUCUCAACGCCAGGCCGUAUCGGCCUCACAAACUCCAAACUUCUCCCCCGCAGAGCUUUCCUACCUCUACACAUCACUCGCCCUCCCCAACAAUCCUAUCCGACCAGAUGGACGCUCGCCUACCCAAUUCCGACCCCUAACAGCAGAGACGGCAAUCCUACCGGGUACCAAUGGGAGCGCGCGCAUCGGGUUCGGUGACGGCACACAGGCGAUUGUAGGCGUCAAGGCAGAGGUCGAGAGGACGGUCCUGGGCACGGAUGCGUCUGCUGAUGCUGUACCGUCGCGAGAGGAAUUUGCAGAUGGGGUUCUGGAAAGGAAAGAUGAUGGUUCUGGUUCUGUGGCUGCGGUUGCGGGUCAGGGUUCCUGGGUGCAGAUGUCUAUUGAGAUUCCUGGGUUUCGGGAUGACGAUGCCUUGCCUGUGUUCUUGUCGGAGAUGAUGAGGGAGUCCUUGAUUGGGUCUGUAUCUUCUGGUUCUGGUUCUGCGAGUGAGGAUUCUUCUGGGAUGGUUGAUAGUCUUAAGGGGAGGUUGGUAAUUAAUCGGCGGUGGCAUUGGAGGUUGUAUAUUGAUGUUCUCCUUCUCUCCCAACCAUUAUCCUACCCACUUCCUCUUCUUUCCCUUACUACUCAUCUAGCGCUUUUGUCGACGAAGCUCCCCAAGCUGAAAUCUCAAGGCGAGGAAGAUCCGCUAUUCGAUGACGACUGGGGUGUCGCGGAGUAUCUAUAUGCUCGCCCCCAGGGUGCAGGCUAUGCUCGCAUUCCACCUCUUUCACAGGUUCGACCACCCGUGACCCUCCUCGUCAUCUCGGUAGGAGAAAAUAUCAUCUUUGACCCAAGCGGCGAGGAAAUCGCCGUGGCAGAUGCCGUCGUCGCCAUCUCUAUUACUCGGAAUAGCGACGACGCAAACAGCGGCCUACGACUACUUUCCAUCCGUACAAUCGACCCGCCAUCCCGUCUCACGCAGCCUGGCGUCCCUAAUUCGGAGAACGUGGCUACCGUGGGCUCUACGGCUGCUGCUGAGCAGGCUGCCAUUUUGAACCCGUCUACGGACGAAGGGGAAGUCCCUGGGGUUUGGAGACCGCGACGUGGUGGAGUGAAGAGGAAUGUGAUUGCGGAGAUGGUGAAGAUGGUCUUGAAGAAGGGGGGUGUGGGUGAGGAUGUCUUAGAGGGACUGGAGAGGGUUGAGGUUGGUUGAUCGGUAUGAUUCUGAUAGCGAUUAUAUCCUUUUACAAUCGCGGGAUUUCUUUUCCCCUCUAAGAGUCUUGCAUUAUUUGCAUUUCGAGGGUCUUCGUUGUCGUUGAGACCCUUCAUGCUCUACGGUUCCGGUGGGUGACUACCAGGUAGCUAGCUGGAGUUCUACGGUAUUGUUGGAGAUACCCGGGUCAGGCUUCUGACAAAAGACCCGUCAUACUACGAUCUGUGGUAGGGAUUAAAAAUAUUGAUAUUGCCGCCAUUGAUGAUGACCAUGCAGUUGGAAGAGAGAGGACAUUUGACAGAAAUAUUGUACAAUAUAGCAAAUAGGUAGAUAUAAAAACCGUCAGCCAUAGGGCGCAUCCCAGUUCUGCAUCCGAUCCCAACAGAAAGCCCAAACGUCUAGACACAAUGACUGAUUAAAUCACCAUAUGCCAAACCACUUCUUAACAGGCCUUUUCUUCCCCUCCCAAUCGACAUACUCACCCUGCACCUCCUCCGACGAGCCAGGAGUAGGAAGCGCCUCCACAGCAACAGGCGACUGAUCGUCACCCUCAACGACAUCUGCAGCUGCCUCACUUUUUCCCUUGGCAGCAUCUUCCACCGAAUCCUCCUCCAACCCAUGCGCAAUCCGAUAUCUUCUCCUCUUCUCCGCAUCCUCAACCCGUCUCUGUCGAUGCUCCCUUGCCACGAGAGACGUAUGCUGCACAUGCAUCUUAUAAACCGAAACAACCUGCGAAACAGUGUCAAUCGGAUGCGAAAGCAGCGCCGACCAAGGCGGCAGCAGAUGCGCAUAGGGAGAAGAAUGCUUAAAUGUCGUCGUAAACGUAAACGUCGCCAAGGAAGUAAGAACACCCAAUGCAAUCCAGACGUGGAUCCAUCUAUUUGUUAGGAACUUGUACAUCAGCGUUCCCUCUGGUGGAAACAUGUGUGGGUACUGUCGGCGUUUGGCUUCUUCGAUUUCCUUUUCUGAGAGUUUCGGACCCGGGUAGUUGAUGGGAUCGCGGGGGAUGGUUCGGCCAUUGCGGGUUUGGACGACGCGGCGGGAUGGGUGAGAGGGGGGACGAAAUUUGUCUGGCUUUUCGAGGAGGUGGUGUUUGGAGCCUUCUGGUUGUUUUUGGGGUUGUCUGGUGGAUGAGAGAGUGCGUUUUUGCGUUGUGCGGAGGGUGCGCAGGAGGGUUGCUGUUGUUGUUGGGAUGCCUCGGGGGAGGAGGAAUUGGGGGAUUGUUCUUGUUGAUGAAGCCAUUGUUCUUAUAUUAUUUCUUUUGUAGCUUUUUUUUUUGUAUGUGUUGGCUGUGGUGGUGGAAUUGGA